UACAUCUCUUAUCAAACCGGUCAAAGCACUCGGUGAUUGCUCUGUGUCAUCAUUAAUCUUCAAGUUAAUUUCACAGUAAAUCUUUUCUUUAUCUUAUUUACGUAGACGCAUCCGCUCUUUAACUCAGUUCUUCAGAUGUGUGCUCAAAAUCAAUCACUAGUCUGCUUUAACGAGAAAAAGUUCGAAACCUUCUUUUUCGUGUCACAAGCCAGACCAAGUGCUUCAGCAAUUUUGUCUCGUCCUGUCUGGAAGUUGUGAAGCUGUUACUUGCAGUGUCCGUGGCAAAUACGAUUAUUCAUCAACGUUCAUACUAUUCAAGCUGUGGACUCUCAUCAGUGGAUCAGUCAAAGACACUGUCAUAGCCUUUUUGGAAUGCGUUAUGAAUAAUUUAAAGCUGAAAAGGUUAGCGGCUAACCAAUGGAUACAAAAAUCUUCACUCACUCAGUUUCAUCCCAAGGCUGUGUGUGAUGGUUGACGCGACCCAGCGGUUAGCCCGAGGUCUCGCCUUUGCCGUCGGUCUCCUGGUAGGUCUGAGCCUGGUCCUCAUGCUCGGCUCCGAUUGCGAGCCCUCCGUCUCGGCCCCGAACCAGGAGCUCGGCGCCGACCCCCGACUCCACACCUGGGGCCACGCCAAGGCCCAAAAAAGCACCAGCCGCCCCGUCGACCGCGACGCAGUCCGCGCAUCGCGAAGGUACAAGGUGGCGGUGCGUGCGGUGGGUUUUGGGAGCUGGCGCGACUCCUUCGUCUACGAAUCGAUCCCGCGCAACGGGAACGGGCGGAUGUAUGACCCGGCGAACCCGCGGCGGGAGUUCGAGAUCUCCUCCGGCGACGGCGUCACCCUCGAGGCGGCGGCCAACGUCAACAUGGCCUGGUCCCAGUUCCAGUACGCCACCGACGUGGAGCUCCGCAUCCGCUCCAGCGACGCCGCCCCCCUCGGGCCCCCCGCCAACGUCGUCAUCCGCCCCUCCCGCAUCCCCUACCGCAUCUACUCCCCGCGCCCGGACACCAUCCUCGUCUGCGUCCCCUUCGACCCCGCCGGGCGGAGGUUCUCCGUCGAGUUCCAGAACGACCUCAUCCGCUAUCGAACUGACGGUGUCGGCUACGUCGAGGAAGGUGGGGUCGUCGUCAGUGAAGAGCCCCGGAACGCCCUCCUCAUCUUCGCCAGCCCCUUCAUUUCGCCCCAACUCGUUCCCGCCAAGAUGGACCCCGAUGUGCAAGUCCUCAAACCCGGAAAAAUCGUCGACGGCACCAUCGGAACCAGGUCUACACUGUAUUUCGAAGCCGGAGUCUACUGGGUGGAGGACAGCAACGGUGUCCUCGGGAAGAGUCACAUCAAACUUCACCCGAACACCAACUUGGUCUACUUCGAGCCGGGGACCUACAUCAAGGGGGCGCUCGAGUACACGACCGCCAAAGACUUCUUCACCGUCGGCCACGGCGUUCUCUCCGGCGAGAACUACGCCUACCAGGCCAACACGCUCCAAGGCUACGUUUCCAGCAAGGAUGACAAGUCCAGUCUCAGACUAAUCUCCCACCAGGCGGUAAGCGACAACCAGACGUGGACGUGCGUCGGCGUGACGCUCAACGCCCCGCCGUUCAACUCGGUGGACCUCUUCCCGAGAGAGGCGACCAAUCACGAGGAGGACAACAGGGUGAGGAUCCGGGUCGAGGACUACAAGCAGGUCGGGGCUUUCUAUUUCCAGACGGAUGGCUUGCCCGCCCACGGAGGCUCCAUCACCUCCGUCUUCCUCCACGCCAACGACGACGCCCUCAAGCUCUACUAUUCCGACGCCCACGUCACCGACGUCGUCGUCUGGAAGGUGCACAACGACCCGGUGAUCCAGCUGGGCUGGAAGCCGCGGAACAUCUCGAACGUGGUGGUGGACACGGUGGACGUGAUCCACAGCCGGUGGGCGUUCUCGCAGACGGCGGUGCCCUCGGCGAUCAUCGGGGCGGCGCCGUACUACACGGACCCGAAGCUCGUCGACGCCGGGCGAAGCAUCUCGGCGGUGGUGCGGAACCUCCGCUGCGAAGGGAAGUGCGCCGCCCUCCUCCGCAUCGCCCCGAUGAACAACUACGACCUCCGCAUAGAGACGGUGCGCUUCGACGAGCUCCUCGCCGACGACCGCGCCCGGCUCGGCAUGAGCCUCGUCGGCACCAAGAUCAGCGACCAGGAGGACGCCUACGUCCACGGACAGGAGGUCCUCCGCAUGGGCAUCCACGUCCGGGAUUGGCUCAUCGCCGGCCGGAGGGUCUGCGCCGACAACUGGCGCUCCGAGGAGCUCGGACAGCUCAACUUCAACAUCGGCUUUUGGGGACAGUGGAGCAUCGCUUGAACCCUGCCAGCUUCCAAGUUUUCCAUGUUCGUUGUAUGUAUGUAUAAGCCGCUUUUACGGCGCGCUAGGGCGCUCUGCGACGCCUACCCGCCACAGGAAUCUGUCAUGGUAGAGAUCCUCCGGAAGCUGGCAUCUCUCCAUCUCUUCACGG